AUGACAUCAGUGAAAAGGGACAUACUUGAACGAGUCGCCGAAAAAUUCAAGGCACACCUCGAAGCCAAAAAGAACCCAAUAAUGGCGGCAGUCAAAUUCGAUCGAAGACGCCAACUGCAAGGGGAAACGUUUGAUUCCUUCGUCACUGACCUCAAACUCCUAGCCCGAGGGCUAGACAUGACCGAGACAAAUAAGUUAAUUCGGAACACCAUCGCGUGUAAAUCACUGGAUAAACGAGUACGACAACGUUGCUUGGAAAAAAGCAAAAACCUUACUCUCGAAACAGCCAUCAGCAUCGGUCGAAUGUUCGAGGCCACAAGGGAUGGACUGCAAGUGAUGUCAGGUGAAGACCAGAGAAUUGAAGUUAGUAAAGUUACAUGGACGAAGGACUCUUCUAGGCAGCAUAAGGCGAGAAACUUCAAGAAACCUAAAGGUAACAAUGAGCAGGCUCAGAAAUGUGACAGGUGUGGAUACAAUGCACACAAGCUACAAGAAAAGUGUCCAGCCAAGAAUGAAUCGUGUAAUAAGUGCAGGAAAAUUGGACACUUUGCCCAAGUGUGCAGAAGUCGGAAAAGUAUUGUUAACGUGUUGAAUGAAACAGACCAUUCGGGAGAUGAAUAUUCCAGUGAUGAGAAAGGUGCUGACAGGGACUUACAACUACUACAUGUGGCAAGUUUAGAAAUAAACAGGAUCAACGACAACCAGAACCCGGGUGAAAAGGACGAAUGGUGUGAAUUCCUGAAAGUGGGCAAUAGCACCCUGUUUUGUGAGCUCGACACGGGUGCCUAUGCAAGUGUGAUUAACACCACCCAGCUCAGACAAAUAGCACCAAAUGCCCGUGUUAAGAAAACCAAGAAGACUUUGGUUUCCUAUAGCCAACACCAGAUCAAACCAAAGGGUUACGUCACCCUUCCAGUGCGAUUUAAAGACAAGGAGUUGAAUGUAAACUUCUAUGUUAUAGAUAGCAAGCAGAAACAAAUACUGUCAGGCAAAGUCUGUCAAGCCCUCGGCUUGGUCCAGCGAGUGCAUAAAAUAGAUGUGAGCCUUAAGGAGUUGUUGAAUCAACACCCUGAUCUGCAAAAUGCAUCUGGAGUCAUGCCAGGAACCUACUCAAUCAAAAUUGACCCCACAGCAACGCCAGUAGUACAUGGUCCUCGCAGACAACCCGCUGCACUCCUUCCCAAGAUCGCGUCCAAGCUCAAAGAAAUGGAGAAGGAAGGGCAUCUAGCCAAAGUCACACAGCCCACUGAUUGGAUCAAUUCUAUGGUGGUUUCAAGUCGAGGUGGCAAGAUCAGGAUCUGUUUAGACCCAGGAGACCUGAAAAAAGCCGUUAAGCGGGAACAUUAUCCAAUACCUACAGUUGAAGAAAUUUCAGCCAAAAUACCUGAUGCCAAAGUGUUGACGCAAAGAGUGGGUAUCUCCAAAUGA